AUGGCUGUGGAACUUUUUCUUCAGAUUUUGAAAGCUGAAUCUAUAUUCGGGAAGUAUCCAUUGUGUAUUACAACUAGUGAUAUUGUAAUUGACAGUGAUGAUGUUGACGCGGAUGAUAUGACGAUUGAGUGUUAUGAUUUUGUUGAUCCGUAUGAACUUGCAGUUGCUGUAGUUGAUAACGUUGAAUCUCUGCCAAUUGUUAAUGUGGGUGGUGAAGAACUAAUAAGUGAUUUCUAUAAUAGUGUUGUAAAGGUGAACCAAAAGUAUAAAAAUAAAGAUACAUUUGUCUCGGUAAUGCCUAUGUCUUGCUGUGCAAAUCGUCGGAAUGUAGUUGAGUAUUCAAGGCGUCCUCAACAUGCAACCAUUGCCUUUGUAGCAGGAAUAACAGCUUCAAAGUUGGUGAACUACAAAAGAAUAAUCACCCCAAGCGACAUUAUUGAAGAUAUAAAAAGGGAACUUGGUUUGGACAUAGAUUACAUGAAGGCGUGGCGGGCUAAAGAAAGUGCUUUAAAGAUGUUGAGAGGGCGACCAGCCGACGGAUAUAAGAAAAUGCCUACCUAUGUAUACAUGUUGAAUUCGAUUUAUCCCAAUUCACAUAUAAGGAUGCAUAAGUCUCCGGAUAAUCAGUUCAUGUAUCUAUUCGUAGCACUACAACCUUUUAUUAGGGGAUUUGGAUAUUAUAGGCCUAUUGUGGUAGUAGACGAUAAUCACAUGAGAGGACCAUAUCAGGGAACAUUCGUUUCAGCUAGCAUACUUGAUGGAGCAGGACAUAUAUUGCCGCUUGCGUAUGGGGUUGUAGAUUCUGAGAAUAAUUUAUCCUGGAUGUGGUUUUUCCAGCAAUUCAAGUGUGCUUUCAGUGAGCGCAAUAAUAUGUGCGUUGUCUCUGAUAGACAUGAAAGCAUAAUCAAGGCGGUUAGUGUGAUCUAUCCAUGUAUACCACUUUUUGCUUGUAUUUGGCAUCUUUGGAAGAAUGUUUGCACGAAUUAUAGAAAGAGUAAGGACAAGCUAACCGGCGAGUUUUUUGCCAUGGCUAAAGCGUACAAGUUGGAUGAUUUUGAUGAGCUUAUGUGUAAAGUGGGAAAGAUUGACAAUAGAGUUAAGGCAUAUUUGGAAAAUGUGGGAUUUGAAAAGUGGUCAAGAGUUCAUGCUCCAAUAAAUAGGGGGAGGAUGGUGACUUCCAACAUUGCAGAAUGUAUCAACUCUUGUCUUGUUGAGGCUCGUGAAAUGUCAAUUUUAGAUUUUUUUGAACAGGUCAGAAUCUUAUUUGGUGUAUGGAACCGAAAAAAUAGAGAUCGAUCUAGCUUUCUUUCUAAAAAGUCAUUGGGAGGUCGGUUUCAACAAAUUCUUCAAUUGAACGAGGCAAAGUCAUCACGUAUGAUGAUUAGGGAAUCAACUAACUACAUAUACGAUGUAUAUGAAGAAGGAAGAAAAUACAUUAUUCGGUUGGAUAAUAGAACUUACAACUGUGGUAGAUUUCAGCUUGAUGAGAUACCAUGCGAGCACGCUAUUGUUGUUUUGAAAAGCAAACAUGUAAAGGAAAUGAAGUCAUACUACUCAGAUUACUACAAGAAGGAGACAUUGGUGAAGACUUAUGAAAUGUCGCUUUGUCCAAUGCCUGAUAAACAAGACUGGCAUGUACCACCAGAGGUGUUCGAAGAUGUGCUUUUGCCUCCAAAAUAUAAACGCCCACUAGGAAGACCCAAGAAAGGUAGAAAAAAAAUUAGUGAAAAGUUUUCAUCAACAUCAAAUCAUUGUGGCAAGUGUGGGUAUGAAGGCCACAACAGGCGUACUUGCAACUACUUUCUAAAAAAGAUGUGA